AUGCCAUAUGAACUUCAAAGAACACCAAAACCUGCUACCAGUGGAAAUGGGUAUAACUGUAAAUCCUUGGCGGUAGCAUCUGAGAUGUGUUCUCUGUCCCAGGUGCUCUAUGUUACAUCUCACAAAACUCUCACCCAAGUGAUGGUCAUUAGGAACCUGUCUCUUCUCCUGAUGGGCCUUUCCCCGGGGCUGGAGAAUGUGGGUGCUUUCAAGAAGGUGUUCACUGUGUCAAGUCAUGCCAUGUGCAGAUUCGCAGGCCCCAGUACUUUUUGUCACAGUGCAGCGGAUGCUAAGAGCGUACAGUUGUGCAUCCCGAGGAUGGUAUGUAUCCAGGACUGUCCUUAUCGCUCUGCCUCUCCUCUCUACUCUGCCCUCCUGGAAGGCCUCCGAAGCUGCUCUCUCUCUGCAGACCACACUGACCUCCAUCCUCACUCCAGGAUCUUCUCCACCAGCUUCCUAUUCAGAAGUCACGAGAACUGCCCUCCUCUAGAUGCUCCGAGGCUGGCAGCAGAAUUUACCUUAGCUGUGUGGUUGAAGGCUGAGGGAGAAAGCGUGAUGUUUGCGAUGGAAAAGUCAGUGGAUGAGCAGAUUGUGUUCGAAGUUACAAUAUCUGAGAAAGAAACCAUGCUUUAUUAUCGCACAGUAAAUGGUUUGCAGCCGCCAAUAAAAGUAAUGACACCAGGGAGAAUUCUUAUGAAGAAAUGGAUUCAUCUCAGUGUGCAGGUGCAUCAGACAGAAAUCAGCUUCUUCGUGGAUGGCUUGGAUGAGAACAAUACAGCGCUUGAUACAAGGACUCCACGUAGUUCAAUUACAGACUCUGCCUCCAGCACUAUACAAAUAUGACACAGUUUAAAUGGUGUAGAGCAUUUUGUUGGAAGAAUGCAAGAUUUUCGACUUUACUAUGUGUCACUUACAAACCUGUAAGCAGAUAUUCUGGAGUUCUUUUCUGGAGAUCUCUCUUAGUUGCACAUCCAUCCACAUUGCCAUUGCCCAUGCAGUGCCUCUGUGCAGCAGUACUGAAUUCCCAGUGGUGCAGAAGGCAGGCACCAUCAUCGAGUAUCAUGGCUGAAUCCUGAAGCCCAUCCUCUGUCCUUCAUCAACGAUGGUGACAUUGCUACUUCAUGGAUUUCCUGUGUGUUUUAAAUCCUUACACAGCUCAGUCAAGGAGUGCUUAUUUCCAUAGACUUGGAAAAUGGGCAUUACCAGGUAUUUCGAAUCAUCAUUCACUUCUCCAGCCCACAGCCUGCAGUGAUAAGGAUCCAUAGUAAGAAGGCAGACAGCUCUCCCUGUGAGGACUGGAAGUAUUUUGCUAAAAACUGCAGAAUUUGGGGAAUGAAAGACAACCGAGAUUUGGAAAAUCUUGAUUCUGUCAAGUGCCUUCAGUUGCCUGAUUUUACCUCAUUUUCUCAUGGUAAUGUCACCUUUGACCUCCUGCCACCUGGGCAGAAGCGGCAUCCUUGGUACGAUGACUUCUACAAUAGCUCACUGCUUCAAGAGUGCAUGAAAGCCACUCAAGUAAGGUCAUACUUCACAGAGUACUAUCCAGCCCAGCACACUGCUGACCUGAGACACAGAUACUAUGCAGUGGAUGAGAUCACCAUCAGUGGGAGAUGUCAAUGCCACAGACAUGCUGAGUCCCGCAACAGCACAGGCUGUGAUCGCUGCUCACCUCUUUAGAGUGACAAGCCUUUCCACAGUGGUGAUCAUGUUUAUGCAUUCAGCUGUAAACCUUGACAGUGCAACAGCCAUGCCAGAAGCUGCCACUAUCAUGCUUCUAUGGACCCAUUUCCUCUGGAACACAGCAGAGGCGGGGUAGGAGUCUGUGACAAUUGCCAGCAUCACACAACAGGGAGAAACUGUAAGUCGUGCCAGGAUUACUUUUACCGACCCAUUGGUGCAGAUCCUUCUGCCCUUGAUGUCUACAAGCCCUGGGACUGUAACUGUGUGGGUACUAGAAAUGGUGACCUCCUCUGUGACCAGAUUGGAGGCCAGUGUGAUUGUAAGAGACAUGUGUUUGGCAGACAGUGCCUUCGGUGCCAGGAUGGAUUCUAUGACCUGCAGGCGUUCGAUCCUGAUGGCUGCCGCCCCUGUAACUGCAAUCCUUCUGGGACUGUGGAUGGAGACAUUACCUGUCACCAAAAUUCAGGCCAGUGUGUGUGCAAAGCAAAUGUUAUUGGGCUUCGAUACAAUUGCUACAAUUUUGGAUUUAAAUUUCUCUGGAGUUUUAAUGAUGAUGGAUGUGAGCUCUGCCAGUGUAACCUCCACAGCUCAGUGAACCAACUGUGCAAUCCACUUUCUGGGCAGGGUGAGUGUGAGAAGGAAGCCAAAGGACUUAAGCGUGACACUUGCAGAGAAGACUUUUAUGGGUUGGCCAACAGUGCUUAUAAGGCCCGUGACUGUAACAUGGAUGGCUCCCAACCUGGGACCAUGUGUGAUGCUGAGACAGGGCAGUGUGUCUGUAAGUCCAAUGUUGGAGGGAGACAGUACAAUCAGUGUUUGGAGGGGUACUUCAACCUAAAGCAGAGAUUUCUUCCUCUGCCUUGCAACUUUGAGAAGAGUGGGGUAGUAGAUGGGUCUCUUUUGUGUGACAAAUCAACUGGGCAGUGUCUUUGCAAAUCAAGAGUAACAGGUCUGUGCUGUAAUCAGUGUGCACCUCACAGGUUCAAUUUGAUGAUGGGCAAUCUUCAAGGAUAGAUGUAUGAGUUAGACUCCUUCGGGACACUACCUGGAAGCAUCUGUGGCCCUGUCAAUGGCCAGUGCCUAUAUCUGUCUCAUCGGCAAGGAAGAAGUUAUCAGCAGUGUCAGCCAGGCUUUUACAUUUCUCCUGGACAUGCCACUGGGUGCCUGCGUGUAACCGGGCAGUGCUCUUGUCGUGAUCCCUCACCCACUGGGUAGAGCUGUUACCAGUGUCAAGACUGUUACUUUGGAUUUGAUCCUGAGACUGGAAAACAUGGGGCAAAGCCACAGAAUGUAGCCUGCUGUGGCUGUGGCAGGCCAGUGAGUGAGUACCUGCACCUCUUGAGACUGAAUGUGAGGAAAGAGGUUGCCUCACCCCAUAUCCUCACACCAUACAAACAACUCCAGCCCCAGGAGAGUGCAAAUAUUCUCAGAGUCUGUGGCAAAGGAGAACCAAGAAGCUUGCAUGUGAGACAACUGAAAGAUCAGGUCUACACCACAGGGUUAAGCCACACUGCUACAGAGGGCACUCCAGUCACCUCUGCAUCCUGCAUUGAAACUCCAUUCCAGCAACCUCCACCCAGAGCAUGGGUUCAGGGUUCUCCCUCCAUCAAUCUCUCCUGGAGCCCACCUGUUUUUCCCAGUGCCCAUUGGCUGUCUUACUCUCUGCUCAGGGAAGCUUCAGAAAUCUACACAACUGAAGAUCAACUCCCAUACCAGGUCCAGUAUUUCUUUGACAUUUGUCUGUCACCACACACCUCAUAUUCAUGUUAUAUAGAGACAUCCAGUGUAUGUGGUUCAAUGAGGAGCAUAGCUGUCACUCAUACUAAAAAGCCAGAGGUCUCAGAAGGACACUUAAAUUUGACUAACUUCAUUCCUGUUGGCUCCGACUCUGUGACGUUUACCCAGCCUGGACUCCCCAGCAACUCUGGUCCUAUAGGGAAGUAUGUUUUACCAUGUACACCUAUGGACAGCAUUGAGCCCUGUAUCUCCUAUGAAGGUCAGGAGACCUCAGCUAUCAUCUGGAGUCUGAUUCCGUUCAGCCAGUACCAUUUUUCUGUAGAGGGAUAUACUAGUGGGGGCUGUUUACACAGCUUGCCCAUUAUAGUAACCACAGCCCAGGCACCUCCCCAAAGGCUGAGGCCACCUGCAAUAUAAAAAAUCAGUUCCACAGAACUCCAAGUAGUCUGGUCUGCACCAGGGAAACCAAAUAUUUCAAUUGUAAGAUAUGAAUUAUACAUGAAAUGAUGGCCAUCUACUAAAGAGUUUGAGAGCAGAGGUUGGCUCAGUCCUCAGCUAGAUUCCAAGUCGGCCAACAAGAGUGAAAACAGACUUCAGGCUCAUCGAGUCAAUGUGUCCAUCUCUGGCUUGGAGCCACACACAGAGUAUGCAUUUAGGGUCUUAGCUGUGAAUAUUCCUGGCAGUGUGUCAUCUUCUUGGACUUCAGAAAGAAUAGGAGAAUCAGCACCUGUGUUCAUUUCUGUCUCUCCACUCUCAUCAUACUCACUCAGUGUCUCUUGAGAGAAGCCAGCAGAGCACUUUGUAAGAGGAGAAAUUACAGGGUAUAACAUGAGCUCCCCCCAACAAGAUGUUCCAGCGAUGUGUUCAAAUCUGUUGCAUUCUGCUAAGUGCCAAGAUCUCUCUUACAUCAUAAGACUCCAGCCUUAUGGGAUCUACACCUUUACUGUUUCCUUCUGCAAUUCAGUGGACUGUGUGACCAGUGCUUCAGGAGCAGAACAAACCCCACCAGCAGCCCCUGUUCAGCUAAGAUCUCCCAUGGUGACAGGAGUCAACAGUGCUACAGUCCAUCUCUGGUGGCUUCCUCCUGCAGAAGUCAAUGGUCUUCCUCCUGUGUUAUCCCUCCCUGGGACACAGAGAGCCUGCUUUGUUGGAGAUGGGUACUGCAGAUUUCCCAAAACAGUUCACCCAGAUUUUAUAGGUAAGUGUAGAUGA